UUUAAUGCCCAGGUUUCGAAUAAACGAAGGUUAAGUUCCGGUAAUUUACCUUCUCAUUAUAAAGUUGCGUUGCCUGCGCUAUCACCAACAAUGGAAAUGGGUACGAUAGUUUCCUGGGAAAAAAAAGAAGGUGAUCGUUUAAAUGAAGGAGAUUUAUUAGCUGAAAUCGAAACAGAUAAAGCAACAAUGGGUUUCGAAACGCCUGAAGAAGGAUAUCUAGCAAAGAUUUUGAUACCGGCUGGUACAAAAGAUAUUCCCAUUGGAAAACUAUUGUGCAUAAUAGUACCGGAACAAAGCGAUAUUGGCGCCUUUGCCAAUUAUGUGCCUGUAGAGUCAUCAAUCAGUGAAAAAACAUCGACAAAAGCGAAUGAACUUCCCAAAACACAACCACCAUCACCGAUACAACCAACAAAAAAAGAUGCAAUACCGGAAAAAUCAUCUUCGACUAUUGCAGCAGCCUCAAUGCCAUCUUCACAGCCAAUUGUUAGUCAAAGCUUUAAAAGUGCUGCAGGACGAAUAUUUGCUAGCCCACUUGCCAAAACAAUAGCCAAUGAAAAAGGUAUCGAUCUCUCAAGAUUAUCUGGCAGUGGACCAAGCGGUCGAAUUCGAGCUCAAGAUGUUUUGAAUGCACCUUCAGAUGCAUCGACCAUGACGAUGACUCAAUCGAUGAUGUCUUCAUUCGAAGAUAUUCCAAUGACAAAUAUGCGACAAGUGAUUGCUAAACGAUUGAUGUUAUCCAAACAAACCAUACCACAUUAUUACUUAACAGCUGAAAUCGAAGUAGAUGAACUUCUUCGAGCGAGAGAACAACUCAAUGGAAUGCUCAAAUCUGAAAAUAUUAAGCUAUCAUUGAAUGAUUUUAUAAUCAAAGCAUCGGCUUUGGCAUGCUUAAAAGUACCAUCGGUUAAUUCAUCAUGGCAGGAUACAUUUAUACGGCAAUAUAACUCGGUCGAUAUAUCGGUAGCCGUCAGUACAGAUUCAGGCCUAAUCACACCAAUCAUUUUUGGUGCCGAGAAAAAAGGUCUGGUUGAAAUAUCUAAUGAUGUAAAAGCUUUAGCCAAAAAGGCACGUGAUGGUAAACUACAGCCACAAGAAUUUCAAGGCGGUACAUUUACCAUAUCAAAUCUGGGCAUGUUUGGUGUAACAGAAUUUUCAGCUGUCAUUAAUCCACCACAAUCAUGUAUAUUGGCUGUUGGUAAUACUGAAAAACGCUUAGUACCGGAUAGUGAUAAUAAACCACGAUCAGCAAAUCUAUUAACGGUAACACUAAGCUGUGAUCAUCGUGUCGUUGAUGGAGCUGUCGGUGCAACCUGGUUGAAACAUUUUCGACAAUUAAUAUCCAAACCGUUCAGCAUGAUGCUUUAACAAAGCAAAAAAAAACAGAUAUUCUGAAUUUAGCAGUCAAUUUUAAAUUAUUGUUUGUUUUGUUUUAAAGAAAAAUUAGUUGUGAUCAUUGAUUUCUUUUCUUUUCAAUUUAAAUUUUUUGUUGUUGUCUGGUUGCAUUUUAUAUAUCGCAAUAAAAUUUGAUUAAAAUUUCA